UUAACCUAGCUAUCACGGAUAUUACAUUCCUGGUGUGCUGUGUGCCUUUUACUGCCAGCCUCUAUCCACUGCCCAGCUGGGUGUUUGGCGAUUUCAUGUGCAGGUGUGUGAAUUAUCUCCAGCAGGUUACUGCUCAAGCAACAUGUAUAACUCUUACGGCAAUGAGUGUUGACCGCUGCUAUGUAACAGUAUAUCCACUGCAUUCACUGCGUCACCGAACCCCUCGUAUGGCCAUGGCAAUUAGCCUAGGCAUAUGGAUAGGUUCCUUGGUACUAUCUAUUCCAUUUGCAAUGUACCAAAAGCUCAGCACCGGAUAUUGGUACGGACCACAGAUAUACUGUAUAGAAGCCUUUCCUACAAUUAUCCAUCAGAAAGCUUUCAUAUUGUACACAUUCCUUGCCGUCUACCUUCUGCCGCUGAUAACAAUUUGUGUCUGUUACGCAUUCAUGCUAAAACGAAUGAGCAGGCCGGUUGUUGAACCUAUUGACAACAACUAUCAGGUUCAGCUAUUGGCAGAAAGAACGGAAGCCACAAGAACAAAGAUUUCCAAGAUGGUCGUAGUUAUAGUCUUACUCUUUACCAUCUGCUGGGGGCCUGUUCAACUGUUCAUUUUGUCCCAAGCGUUUGAUUCUGGUUUUCAACAGAGUUAUGAAACCUACAAACUCAAAAUCUUUGCUCAUUGCAUGUCCUAUUCUAACUCCUCCAUUAACCCUAUUGUUUACGCUUUUAUGGGAGCCAACUUCAGGAAGUCUUUUAAGAAAGCUUUUCCGUUCAUUUUCAAGCAGAAGGUUGCGUGUACAACUAGAGCAGUUGGUAACACCGAAAUGCAUUUUGUAUCAUCAGGAACCUGAUUUUACCAGGAAUCAUUUUACAAACAAUUGCAAUAAAGUUCUCAGUGCACAUUAGAUAAUAAAAUGAAAAAAUAAAAUGUUUGAAAUUGAGAUAA